GUUGCUCCAAUCUGCAACUUUAAUAUUUCCUCUAAUCUGCAAACAACCAUUACUUUUUUAGCAAGAGAGGAGUGAGAAUGUCAGGACCACAAUGUAUCAAGAAUCCACCAACCCUCAACUCAACUUGUGGAGCUGGGAAUUUACAAGAUAUUGGAGGACUUAGCAGUUAUGUUACUGGAUCUGUUGAUUCCAAGCUUGCCAUUCUUCUCAUUUCUGAUGUAUUUGGAUAUGAAGCUCCAAAUUUGAGGAAGCUGGCAGAUAAAGUUGCAGCUGCAGGGUACUUGGUGGUUGUUCCUGAUUUUUUCUAUGGUGAACCUCUAGAUCGCGAGAAACAUGACAUACAGACUUGGUUGAAAGAUCAUGGCACGGACAAAGGAUGUGAAGAUGGUAAAGCAGUGGUUGAACAUUUGAAGAGUAACGGUGUUUCUGCCAUAGGGGCAGCAGGCUUUUGCUGGGGAGGACUGGUAGUCUCUAAAUUGGCAAAAUAUGAGAGUACUAUUGGGGCUGCAGUUAUCUUACAUCCUGGUCCUAUUGCAGUUGAUGAGAUAAAUGAGGUAAAAGUUCCAAUUGCAAUACUAGCAGCAGAAAACGACCAUAUUUUCCCGCCUGACCAAGCGAAGCUACUAGACGAAGCCUUAUCUGCAAAAUCUGAGAUUGAAAGCUUUGUGAAGAUAUUCCCAGGGGUUGAACAUGGAUGGACAGUUCGAUACAACAUUGAGGAUGAAUCAGCUGUAAAAUCUGCAGAAGAGGCUCACUCAGAUAUGUUAAACUGGUUUACUAAGUUCAUCAAGUGAAAAAGUUAGUACUAAAUUGGAACGUCAUUUUUCAGAAAGGAGAUUGUCAUAAUUCCUCAAGGGAAGUUAAGAUUAUGUCACAAUAAGUACGCUGCAUUUGGUGAUAUGCAAUAUUAACCUGUUAUAAAGAUGAUGAUGAACUAUGAUUAUGGUUUUAGCUUAUGAUGCUUAUUUCUUCCAAA